AUGAGUAUGCUAUUGUAUUAUUUCGCGAGUGCUGUCAAGUCAAUACAGUUUCAUGUGGACGAUGACAUCAUUGACAAGCUCAAUUACUACUACACGACAGCCAUCAUCACAGUAUUCGCCAUCCUUGUCUCUGCCAAACAGUAUGUCGGCUUCCCGAUCCAAUGCUGGGUACCUGCGACAUUCACCGAGCCAAUGGAACAGUAUACAGAAAACUAUUGCUGGGUACAGAACACCUACUUUCUCCCUCUACACGACUACAUUCCACAUAAUUAUGCAGAACGUGAAAAUCGACAAAUCGGGUAUUAUCAAUGGGUUCCGUUUGUGUUAGCCCUCGAGGCUCUUCUUUUCUAUGUGCCGACUAUUGUGUGGAGGCUGCUCAGCUGGCAAUCAGGAAUCCAUGUACAGUCCCUGGUCCAGAUGGCUUGUGAUUCCAGAUUGCUGGAUUUGGAAUCCAGAAACCGGGCGUUGCAAACCAUUGCAACAAAUGUCGAAGAAGCGCUUCAUGUGAAACAUCAAGUGAUGUCUGGAAACCGUCUGAAACUGCUGAACCUUAUCAUCUGUACCCGAUCCUCUGGCGCUGCGGUCACCUUCUUGUACAUCUCCGUAAAAAUCCUGUACACAGUGAACAUUGUUGGCCAAAUCUUCCUGCUGAACACAUUCCUUGGCAACCGUAGUAAAUGGUACGGCCUGCAAGUGCUCAACGACUUGAUGAACGGAAGAGAAUGGGAGGAAUCUGGUCAUUUCCCACGUGUCACGUUGUGCGAUUUCGAAGUGAAAGUGCUUGGAAACGUACACCGCCAUACGGUUCAAUGUGUGCUCAUGAUCAACAUGUUCAACGAGAAAAUCUUUUUGUUCCUUUGGUUCUGGUACUUCCUUUUGGCAGGAGCCACUCUCUGCUCACUCUUCUACUGGAUCUACAUUUCCGUUGUUCCAAGCAGGCAGCUCAACUUUGUUGGAAAAUAUCUUACCGGAAUCGAGGGAUACAAAAUGGUCGACUCGCAGUCAUUGAGACGAUUUGUGUUCCAUUUCUUGCGACAGGACGGAGUGUUCCUUCUCAGAAUGGUGGCCACACACGCCGGCGAACUUCCUUGUUAUGAACUGGCGAAAACACUGUGGAACAACUACUGUGACAAUAAGGAGGGAAAAAUGCACGAUGUGUGA